AUGUGCUACCAAGUCGUCGAAUUAUAUAGUGCCUGCAAGUGCUUGUACUAUAAACACCCCCUCGAUCGUUGUGUCGCCUAUGGCAAGAAGGGCCACUACACCGAACAACGUACCAUCUAUGUCGGCUACGCUUGUCGAAUUCAUAGCCAAUCCCAAUCAGAUGGUCUCCCAAUCGACAACAGAGGUCACACGCCAGUCAAGGAUGUGCCAAUUUCAACCCCGAGGUCUAUCCCAAUGCCCACGGAUAUCCAUACUGAAGUCGCAAGUAACCCAAUUGACAAAGGCAAUGCUGAACCGUCCAAGAAUCGCUCAAUUACAGAUUUUGAGCCCGUUCCAGAAACGACUGCUGCGGCGACAAAUACCGAUGUCCUCCAGGAGCUGGUCUGCGAUCUUCUGGUCCACAACAACAACCGUCAUCUUUGGCCGCAAAUAGUGGAGCUUGCUGGUGAUCAAGCUCAGGUUAUCUUGAAGGAGUUUAUGGAACAGUUUGCUCAAGAUGUAGAUAAGAAGGUUUUAAGGACGAGAAUUACAGUCCAAGGUUUAAGCAAGGCGGCCUCAAAAACGAAAAUCAGACGUGCGAGCAGAUAUAUUCUGCAGCAAGCAUCCGAUCUCGCCGCUCGAAUCGAAAGGGCCAGUCUUGCCUCGUGCUCCAAUACAGUCGUCUCCAUGGAUGAAGCUGCUCAGAACGAGGAUGAUAUAAAGGAGAGGACCGGAACCGUUGAAUUGGGCUUUCCCCAGUAUCGUUACAUCCAUCGGUUGGUGUUUGAGAAAGGACCAAAUUCGAAUGAGAGCCAGGAACCAAUCCUCAAUCUUGAGAACAACUUGCGAGAGUGGGUGCUGCAAAAACGUCCCCCGGUUAAUCAGGCGACCAGAAUCUACCAAAGCAUUGCCAAUCACUGUGGCCGUAUUGUAUCCGACAAAUAUGUUGAAAUGAGUCCCGGCUCACUGGCAAAAUUCAAAGCAGAGUUGGAGGCGUAUGGAAGACCACCAAACGCUUGUCAAGAUCAGGACAACAACGUGCCGGUUUCUACCACAGGGUCCGUAAGAAUGGUCAGCGGUGUGCUUUCGGGUCUGUGGAAGCAACUCAGGCGCCCUAAGAACACACCAAUUGAUCGACUUCCCUCCCAUCAUGCUGGCGGCAUCGUUCUAGAAGAAUUUGGUUGUCCGGCCCAGCCUCAACGUCCACAGGGGGAUCAUGCUUAUCUCCUUCUAUGCCUCCCAUUCAUGAGAUUGGCGGUAAAAUUACGCCAGGAUGAGGUCUGUCGCCUCAAUUCUGACCGCGAUUUCUUCUCCUUCUUGCGCUCGUCGUACGAGGCAGCCCGACAAAGGAAGGCUUGGCCAUGGAUGCGGCGGGUCAGCACCAUCGAUUUUACGAGAUUUGAAGUAUUCGACAAUAAUCUAGUAAAUAUCCAGCACAAACCUUCACUACCUACAGGACAAUACCUACAACAAUAUAACUUUGAGCCACUGGAGGCAGACGUUAUUCCACCCAUCGGACCAAACUUGAUGAUGCACUAUUUCGAGCAUCCGGACCACGCGGAUGUGAUUCCAAUUCUGUUCAAAAGAAUCCCAAAGAAGCUAGGCGAAAAGCUGUCAGCUUGCCCCGUCAAGAAAAGCUCUGUCGGAUGGGGCUUGCACCUCGUUGAGGGAGCUGACCCUUUUAAGAUAUUCUGCUUCGGGCUGGGCGCUUUCGCCAUUGCCCUUGUUGUGGCCCUUGCGUGGUCUAUCAUCAAGAGCGAUGUCCAGGGUGGUUUUGCCAUUUCUGUUUUUGUACUCAGCUUGUUACUCUUUGUCGGCAAUGCGGGUAGGACUAUCAUGGCGUGA